ACUAUCAUAUCAGAGCAGUAUAAAAGCGAUCAGAGUGAUGAAUAAGCAUCAUUAUUCGAACGGAUAAUUUCAAGACAAGAAAUGGCAGCUAAGUUGGUUGUAGUACUGAUCCUGGCAGCUGUGGCCCACUGCUCAGUAGUGCCAGUGGCUCGAACAAAUGCCGACUACACGAGUUUCGCGUACAACGUCGCCGAUCCCUACACUGGUGAUUACAAAAGCCAGGUCGAGACACGUGUAGGCAGCAAUGUCCAAGGACAGUAUUCCCUCCUUGACGCUGACGGUACCAAGCGUACUGUAGACUACGCAGCUGAUGAUUUCAACGGAUUCAACGCUGUUGUGCGCAAAGACCCCGCUGUUGUGGCUACACCAGUAGUUGCUGCUGCUCCCGCUGUUUCUGCAGUUAAGACUGUAGUUGCACCUGCUGUGGUUGCCUCAGCCCCUGCUGUGGUUGCUUCAGCACCCGCCGUUGUCGCCUCAGCACCCGCAGUUGUUGCUGCGCGUACCUACGCCGCUCCCGCCUUCGUUGCCUCAGCCCCCGCUGUGGUCGCCAGCAAAUUCGUAGCUCCUGCUGUUUACUCAGCUGGUCACUUUUCUUAUUCUGCUCCCCUCAACUACUGGUAAUUUCUUGUACAAUUUAAAACGACUUCUAAUUGAUUCUGUAAAUAUUAUGUAUUUAAAAUUAUAAAUAUAUGGUAAAGUACUCAAAA